AUGGCGUCGUCAAUGUCGCUACCGUCACUUCGGCAACAGGUGCCACCGCAGUUGCCACAUGUUCCGUCCUUACCAAACACGGGCACGACGCUUCCGGCACGGCCAGUUCCACGGAAGCCAUCGGUACCGGCGGUGGCCGUAACAACAGCAGUCAGCGCCACAUCGCCUACGACAUCCACUCGACUCAACGGCUCCCAGUUUGCUGUACCUCAUGAUCCCGUGGUCAGAAAGGUGCAUUUCCCACAAUGGCCCGAAAUUGGCCGGAGUUUGAUAGUCGCUGGAAACACUGGCCAGAGUGACAUGGCAUACGUCAGCACUACGCCACCCAAGCGCGGAGAAAUGGGUAAUUUCUGUGCACUGUUAGGACUGCAGCAGUUUGCCGUCCGAGCACAUCUGCUGAAAAGGAGAAACCAGCGAUUCAACCGAAAUCACACUCAAUUCGAAAUGGGCAAACUGCCAACGAAGAACUACGUCCCAUCUCAUUUCAUGAAGGGCACUAUGAUUCAGAUGGCUAGCGGAAAGUUGAAAAAGGUUGACCUAUUGAAGGUUGAAGAUAUGUCAUCGGACGACUUCCUUUUGUCUGCGCCUCUCAGCAAAGAAUUCAAUGUGGACGCGAGUGUGGUGCUGGAGAUCUCCAGAGCUACAACGUUGGCACGGGUGAAAUUUGCGGUGGGACAGAAGCAGAGGGUAUAA